AUGACACUUUGCUUUGUGUCCUUUGCAGACAAACAUCUCCGCUUUACCGAGCACCUGUUAUACGUUGACGGUGGCCAGUAUUCUGACGAACAGCAGCCUCUAGCUCGGACAUCAAACAAAAUGUACGAGGCUACGGAGGCAAAUUUUAAGAAGGAUGUGGAAAGAGAAACCUGGUGGAAGAGAAUGAGAGAAAGAGAGAUAGACGUUCGAAUGGACAUUCUCCCAUCACACUUACGAGGAGGUCAGUCCAUGAUAAAAUAUCAUCACGUUGGUUAUUUCGACAUCGUGACGAUAAUGGAGAACCAAUUGUUGGAAAUUAUGUCCAUUAUUGAAACCGUCGACAGUCAACGGAAGAAGUCAACUGCAGGCGGAAAGAAAACAUUUAUUGCCGCCGGAAGAGGACGCUUCAGAGGAGAGUGGAUGAAGAAGGAUCCCGAGCCUAAACGACUCUUGAAUAUGGAAGAAUGGGCAAGAGUUUUGGCCUAUCAAGACUUGAUUCGACGGAAGCAAGAAAUCAUACAAGAGGAUAGAUAG